CCUGUACCACCUGGUAUCCUAGCAACAGACACAAGAGACUGUUAAGCCGCUUGGACCUGGGAAAUGGAGAUGGAUGUGUUGGAUACAAGCAGUCCCUUUUCAGUAGAAGGCGACAGCCUGACUGUGGACUCAGACCUGUAUGAAGCUGACAGCUAUGACAUCCCAGACCCUGGGCUGCUCAGAGAAAAUGGUGAGGUGGUCUGGCCUCGCCCUCACCCAGACUCGAAGCUUUUUACCAGGAGCUCCCGGUGGCACAGUAUGAGCCCCAGCGCCCGUGCCCGCAAGCUGUGGGUGCUGCUGCGUACAAGCCUCCACAGCUUUGUGGAAAAGGAAAAGAAAUCCGAGUUGCGUGUGGCUUGCCUGACACACGGACUGGAGCCAGUGCGCCGCCUGGAGGUGGCAGCAGGGCUAUGCUCCGUGGCGCAGGACCCAGUGGGUAGACGUUUCGUAGUGCUGGACAGCGUAGGUUGCCUGCACCUGCACAGAAAGGACGGCUGGGCACAGGAGAAGCUGCUGGCCCCCAUUGCCCUCAGGGGACUGGUGGCAGUGCCAGGCCCGCUGGACUCUGUGAGCCGCUUUGUGGGCUGGGGUCCCGCAGGGCUGGCCAUACUGAGGCCGGACCUCAGCCUGCUGUGGCUGAGUGAGCCGAGGAUGGGUCGGGCACCCCACCAAGAGCCCAUCUGCUGCCUGCCGGUGCCUAACUUGGGGCUGCUGCUAGUAGCGGAAGCAAGCGGUGGCCUGGCACUCUGGAAGUUCCGUUUAGGGGGUCGCUGUCUGGUGCCUAGUGGGUCACCUCUACAUCCCCCGCCAAGCUCCACCCAUGCGCUCGCUGGUCUGGCUCUGGGGCCCCCGCUUCCCCACCACCCUCCGCACUGCUUCGCAGCCUACGGCUCAGCCGUAGUCACCCUUGACCUGCACACCUGGGCUGUCGUAGAUGUGCACCAGAAGCUGCACAAAACCACCAUCUCCGACCUGGCAUACUGUGAAGAGGUGGAGGCCAUGGUGACGGCUUCCCGAGACAGCACGGUGAAGGUGUGGGAGGCCGACUGGCAGAUCCGGAUGGUGUUUGUGGGCCACACAGGCCCCGUGACAGCUCUGGCCGUGCUCCCGAACACACCCCUGGUGCUGUCGGCCUCACAGGACGGGACGCUUCGCACAUGGGACCUGCAGGCGGUGGCACAGGUGGGCGAAGUGAUGCUCAACUACUGGGGCCAGGACGUGCGGUCAGGCGGCGUGAACCGCCUACUGGCACCCGCCAGCCCCGGCUGGCCGGUGCUCUCCUUGCGUGCAAGCAGCGUGGAGCUCUGGUGCCUGCGCGAGCUGUACUCGCCAUUGGCCCAGCUGUCAGCACCAGUGCUCCACCUGCAGGUGGCGCCCGCGCUGCCCUUGCCCCUGUGCCCGGCUCUGCCUACACGCCUCGUGUGCGCAUGCGCAGAUGGCUCCGUCUACCUCGUGUCGGUGGUUACGGGGCUUACCGUGAGCGCGCUGCUGCUCGAGCCCGAGGACUGCGCAGCCGCCGUGGCCUACUGCUUGCCGCGCGAAACACUGUGGCUGAUAACCCACGCCGGACACCUCGUGUGUGCCAACGCGGCGUGCCACCCCAUGUGCGUGCUGUACCGCGAGUGCCCGCCACCAUCCCCAGCGCCCAGGCCCUGCUGCCUGCACCUCUACAGCCACCUCAUAGACCCCAGCAGUGCGUUUGCCAGCUGGAAGACCGUGUGCCGCCACAGGGGCAAGCUGUGCCACAGCGACAUCCAGGCCAGGAAGGAUAAGAACCGGUACCUGCUGGUGCUGGGACACACGGAUGGCACCCUGUCAGUGCUGGAGUGGCACACAUGGAAGACUGUCUUCCAUACACAGGCGCACAGCCCCGGCCCGGUCAUCGCCAUUUCGUCCACUUGGAACAUCAUGGUGUCCUCGGGCAGAGACCUGACUGUGAAGAUGUGGCGCGUCUUCCCUUACGCCGAGGAGAGCCUGAGCCUGCUGCGCACCUUCUCCUGCUGCCACCCCGCCCUGGUGCUCUCUGCGCUCGGGGAGCGCGUCACCGUGGGCUUUGAGGACUCGGACAGCGCCACCUACGGUCUGGUGCAGUUUGGCCUGAAAAACAGCCAGCGCUAUGAUCACCAGCCCCAGGACGACCCCAUGGACCACAUCACCGGCUUGUGCUGCUGUCCCACCCUCAAGCUGUAUGCCUCCUCCAGCCUGGACUGCACCAUCCGGAUCUGGACCACAGACAACCACCUACUGCGGCUCCUGCAGCUGAACGGAGCCCCUCAGGCCCUGACCUUCUGCAACAACGGCGGGGACCUGGUGCUGGCUCUGGGCUCCCGCCUGUGCCUGGUAUCCCACAGGCUCUACCUGCCCACGUCCUACCUGGUUAAGAAGCUGUGCCAGGAGGUCCCGGACGUGGUGGAUGACCCUCCACUGCCACUGACCAGCCAGGGAUCGCUGACCUCAGCCCAGCUGCAGAGGCUCGCCAACCUGCAUGGGGUUUCCAGUCUCAGCACGGCCUUGUCUUCCACCCAUCGCCAGAUGGCAGCACCUCAGCAGCCACUGUUGGAGGAGGACCUGGAAGCCUUAGUUGCCCGGGACCAUGACCUUCAGCGGCUGAGACUGGGGCAGGUGGUCCCAGCAGCUCGGCCCCCACCCUCCGGGCCGCAGCAGCAGGAGGCUUUCACCAACUACCUGCGUCUGAUCUACGGCCCGGCCCUGCUGGGCGUCUGUGCUGGAGCCGAGUCCCAGCAGUGGAACACCGGGACCCUUACAGCAGAGAAAGAAACCUGGGGUGUGUGCACCCUGCCCCCACCAGACUGGAGGGCACUCAGCCAGCACUUCCCCCAGGUCGCCUUUCCUAUCCUGCCUCCCCUCUGGGGAGCACUCGGCAGAGAAUCCCAGCACCACUCCUCCUCUGCGCCCCAGAUGCUGGCCCAUUCCUCCCUGAGAUCCUCCCUGGGCCUCAGUGUGGACCUUCAGCUGCAGUUGGAGCAACUCCGCCAGGAGAGGCCAUUGGCCCAAGACGCACCGUCUUCCCACCUGCAGCACAGGGUCCCCCUGCUGCUGGAAAGGCGACCCAAGGAGCUUCCCUCUAACCUCAGGGGCUUCUUUCCUGCUGCCGUUGAGCCCUACAAGGACCUGCCGAGGCCCAUCCACUUCCCGGGCUGUGUCCCCAACUCCAUGGUGCUGCAGCACAUGUGGCCGGCCAGGAAAGUCAGGGGCCCUGGAGCCCUGGCCCAGCUCGCCAGCCAGGGCUCACUCAAGGCAAGCAGUGGGGCUGGGGGCUCAACCUUGGGCCUGGGGAGAGCUCUGCCCAGGGCCGAGACCUCCCAUGCCAGCUGCCGGCUGCUUGCUCUGUCCGCUCCGCAGUCGAGGGAGAGCCAGCAGGACGACUGGUGGGCGUCGAAGAGCAGGCGGCGCCACACCCUGUGGCAGCAGAAGCUGAUCCAUUGGUCGGACGAGGAGGAGGAGGAGGAGGCCGAGGAGGAGCAGGAGGGGGAGGACGACGAGGAGUGGGCCUCAGACUUCCUGAGCCCCCACCUGGGGCUCUCCCAGGAGAUGCUGGAGUACGAGGAGCUGUGGGCCCAGAGCUUGGCGUCCUUGACUCAGAGAAGCUCCAGAGACGACUUGGGGAUGGAGGACGACCCCUACCCCCGCUGGUACCACCACAAGCACUCGCUCUUGGAGGAGCGCUAUGGGCAUCUGCCCAGGUUCCUGCGUUUCUUCGCCAUCCAGAACUGGUUCAAAAAGCUGUUCCCCCUCUUCACCCUGGAGGCAUACCCCGAAGUGGGCACGGUGGACGGCUUGGCCUCUCUGUUGCUGGACCUGCUGAAGGAGGCCUCCUGGGAGGACCGCGUGCACAUCCUGCACGCGAUGCUGAGGCUGGUGCCUGACAUGAGCCAAGACAUCUGCAGCAGGUUGCACAACAUCCUCCUGGACCUGCUCAACCAGGACAAACCCCCCAGCCUCCAGGUCCGGAUGCAGAAGCAGUUCGUGAUGCUGGCGCUGCAGCUGCUCCUGGCCUCCUCCCUGGAGGCCCGCGACGUGGUGCUGGAGCUCAUGUCCUACUUCCUCUACUCGCCCGCCUCCUGCCGGUCUGAGCUCAAGAAGCUGCUGAACGGACUAGGCCUUCAGGACCCAGAGGACCUCCUGUUCAAGGAGAUGAUGACCUGGGUCCAGGACCUGGACCUGGAGUCCAAGUCCGUGCUGCGCGUUUGCUGUAGCCAGAAGCUGGAGGAAAUGAUCCACCACCUGCAGGAGACCCUGUCACCGACUUCCUCAGUCUCCGGGGCACCCACCCACAUCUCCGUGACGCCCUCCCUGGUGGCCUCGCCUGCGGAGCUGGGCUUGGCCUCCCGGGAGUCCCAGACCCACGGGCUGCUCUCGCCGAUGCACGCCAGGCGCACCUGCCGCACGCUCUCCCAGACGCUGGUGCCCUUCUCCGCCCUGGCCGUGAUCCGGCUGCCCUCCUUGGACUCCGACGCACGGCCCAGACACCCACUGUUCCUGGAGCAGACGGAGUGGUCACAGUCGAAGAUAAUGGACCUGGGGCCAAUCGACGCCCUCAACUACUUCUGCGAGCAGCAGCGGGUGCGGCGGCUGAGCUCCCUGCGCACCCAGGAGCCCCAGAGUGCACGCCUACACCCCAGGACACGGGGCCCCAACGCCGUGGUGCCACAGCCCCGCCCCCACCUGUGAGUGUGAUGGCUCCAGCCAUGGGCUGGGGCAGGGCCCACGGGGGGGGGGGGGGGGGGGCGGGCACUGAGGGCCAAGUGCGCACAAACCUGCCUUUCUACCACUCCAGGCCCAACCCCAUUCUUCAGCUUCAGGAGACCAACGUCCGGAGGCCUCCACAGAGACAGAGGGGUGAGUGGGGGCAGGGGUAGGGAUUGGACUGUGAGCUUCACCCCCACGCCUGCCACAGCCUGGGCCCCACAGGGCCCUGACUCCACCCGAGGCCUCACUGCCCCUCUAGCCUCAGGACAACUGCUGUCCUGGCACCGGGAAGGCCUCGCCCUCGAAGGCCCCAUCCGGACACUGAAGCUGCCGCUGCCUCGGGUGGAGGUGCGGCCUUUCCCCUUGGACUGGCCCCGGCCUGCCCGUCCGCUGCCACCCCUGCUCCUGCAGCCCGCCCUGCAGCGCUACUUCCUGCCAGACCACGCCGACCCCCGCAACUACAGCUGACCUGCUGGCGGCCUUGGCCUGACCCCGCUCCCAGCCAGCUUCCUCUUCCCUCCAGCAGGGGCUCGGGACACAGCUCUUCACUGGGCCCUUCGCCCCUGGCCAAGGCGUGGGCUGCAGUAAAGUCCAGCCAGCAAACU